ACUUCACGGAUCCCCCUUCUUUCUAUAAACGCAUGCUCUCGGCCGGUGCCAUAGAGUCCUCUUCCUAGGGAGGCCCACGCGAAGGCUGACAUUUUGUGUGUUUUGUUUAAGGGGCUCCCAAAGACGGUUACCAUAACAGAACUUAGAACUUAGUGGGAGGCGAAACUGAUUGCUGCUGUUGCAUAUGUAGGCUGGUGACUGUCCUUGUAGCUGAAAAAAAACCCUGUGAUCCACCCAGUUAUGGCUAGUACCUGGAUUUCUGGAAAUGAAGAAAGGAUUAAAUAUGUGCAGGGAGAUCUUUUUACUUGUCCAGAAACAGAUUCCUUGGCUCACUGUAUUAGUGAGGAUUGUCACAUGAGUGCUGGCAUAGCUGCUAUUUUUAAGAAGAAGUUUGGUGGUGUUCAGGAACUUUUGAAUCAACACAAGAAGACUGGAGAUGUGGCUAUUCUGAAGAGAGAAACUAGAUACAUAUAUUACUUGAUCUCAAAAAACAAAUAUUUUCAUAAACCUACAUAUGACAACUUACGAAAGAGUUUAGAAGCUAUGAAAAUCCAUUGUCUGAAAAAUGCAGUAACUCACAUUUCUAUGCCAAAGAUUGGUUGUGGACUUGACCGUCUGGACUGGAAGAAAGUUUCAACAAUGCUGGAAGAAGUAUUUGAAGAUACCAAUAUUCAUAUUACAGUUUAUACUCUUUAAUUCCUAGUAGAAUUGUCUGUUCUGUUUGUUGUUAUAUCCUUGUAUCAGUAUCUUACCUGGCAUAUGCUGAUAGUGUUAUCUUAAUUCCAGUGUUCACAAUUCUUUAAGUCCUCUUCUGCUCUACUCAAAUUUAAAAAAAAAGUCAAAAUGUACAUUCUAGUGUUCAGAUACUUUGUGUAUCUAUCUCCUAUUUAGCAAUUGGAAGAU